CGCAUGCGCUCUCGGACAAUUUCCCCAGCCGGAGCUCGCGCGCCUGGGGAAGCUGCAGGUUUGCACCGUGCAGAAGGCGAUCGCCGGGAAAGCGAAGCGGGCAAGGAGGGUCGUGUGAACGUGCCAACCCGGGUUCUGGGUGCGAUCUGAGCCCCGAAGGGCUGGGGUCGUUGCAUUAACCCCACCACCACCACCAGAUCAGCACCGGGGUCGUUUGGAGACCCCUCCCCAUAUCAGCACCGGGGAAGGCGAGGGUCUCCCUUUUGCACCGUUCCCAUGUGGCUGCCCGCCUUGCUGGGUCCCUGGGCCGUGCUGCUGGCCCUGUUUGCCGGCAGCUGCCGGGGGCUCUCCUUCCACCUGCCCCCGUUGAGCCGCAAGUGCUUGAAAGAGGAGCUGCACCGGGAUGUGAUGGUCACGGGAGAGUUCGAAGUGUCCGAAGCGGCCGCACCGGGUAUCCGGACAGACUUAAAGGUGACGGACUCCGCCGGACACCUGCUCUACUCCAGAGAGGAAGCCAAGAAGGGGAAAUUCGCUUUCACCACGGAGGAUUACGAAGUCUACGAGAUUUGCUUUCAGAGUCACGGACAGCCAGGGAAUUUCCGGCUGCCGGACCAACUGGUCACCCUCAAUGUUAAACAUGGGGUAGAAGCUAUGAAUUAUGAAAACGUCGCCAAAGCGGAGAAGUUGAAACCGUUGGAGAUCGACCUCCGUCGCCUGGAGGACCUUUCCGAGUCCAUCGUCAAGGAUUUCGCCUUCAUGAAAAAACGGGAAGAGGAGAUGCGCGAUACCAACGAAUCCACCAGCACUCGAGUUUUCUACUUUAGCAUUUUCUCCAUGCUGUGUCUGGUCAGCUUAGCUUCCUGGCAGGUGUUCUAUUUACGACGGUUUUUCAAGGCCAAAAAACUCAUCGAGUGACGGAGACCCGAUCCAGGAUUCCUGGUCUCCUUACCUGAUUGUGCCAAGAUCUCGGGACAAACCACUUUUUAUCUCCUCACUGGCCCUCCGAUCUCAAUGGAGGGGUGACACAGAAAUUGGACUCUUUCGGGCCACAGAUUGGUUUGAAAAAACAGCCCGUCUUCUCUGUUUUGGGUGUGUUUCUUUUCUCUUGGACUCAUCUGGGUGAUUUUUCUCACCAUCUCUGCAUCUUUGGGGUGGGGUUGGAGGGCGGGCAUCCGAUCUGACUGUUACGCAAUUUGAGCACACUGGAUGAUAACUGUAUUUGGAAGUAAUAAAUCUUGGUUCCUAGA